AUGGCGUGUUACCCUACUGACUGUAUUGAAAAACCUCUCUCAAAGCUCUUUGGGAAACUUGGACAUUUGGUUGGGUCUCAUCCUGUCUGGUUCCUCAUCAUUCCUCUGCUGGUUUCUAUACCUUUAGGGGGGGGCUUCUACUUUCUCAAGGAACGUGAGGACAGUGACAUUGAAAGGCAAUUCACACCUGUCAAUGGUGUCUCCAAGGAAGCAAGACAAUUCGUCAAAGAAAAUUUCCCAUAUAAUGACUCAGUAUUUUCAAGUCAAAGACUUCACAGUGAGGGAAAUUAUGCAGUAAUGAUAGUGGUAGCCAACAGUCAAACCAAUAUUCUCACAAAAGCCUCUUUUGAGGAAGUAAUUCGGCUUAAUAACAAAAUUAAUAGUAUAGCUGUCAAAGUCAAAGAAAAACAACUAGACUUUCAAAAUCUUUGCGCCAAGGUAAACGGAAACUGUGUUUCAAAUGUCAUCUUAGAUAUCAUUGAAAACAACCCAGGAAGAAUCGAAAAGACAAACUUAACCUUUCCUUUGCACACUUUGGGAAAAAAAUCUGUUUUUCUUGGAUCUGUGAUUGGAGGGGUGGCUCAGUCACGAGGGAUAGUCCAGCGUGCGGCAGCUGUCAGACUUUUUUACUUUCUAGACAACAGCUCAGAUGUUGAUCCAUGGCUUCGGGAAUUCCACAAAACAGUCUCCACCGAAACUAUCAACAAUGGACUCAAGGUAUCUCACUUCACGUCAUUGUCAAGAGAGGAGGAGAUUCAGAAACAUACCACUGAUGGGAUUCCUUAUUUCUCCAUUACAUAUGUUCUUGUUAUUUUAUUCUCAGUCAUAUCUUGCAUGAGACUGGACAAUGUGAGGAGUAAGGUGUGGGUGGCUUUCAUUGGUGUACUAUCUGCUGGUUUGGCUGUAUUGUCCAGUUUUGGAUUACUGCUUUACCUUGGUGUUCCCUUUGUCAUAACUGUAGUCAACUCACCUUUCCUGAUUCUUGGAAUUGGAGUUGAUGACAUGUUCAUCAUGAUUUCUCACUGGCAAGAGACAAAGGUUAGAGAUCCAGUUGAAAAAAGAAUGGCAGAUACAUACAAAGAGGCUGCCAUAUCUAUAACCAUCACAACAUUAACUGACGUCCUGGGAUUCUGCAUUGGACUCCUUAGUGAAUUUCGAGCAGUGCAGGCCUUCUGCUUGUACUCCAGUGCUGCCAUUAUAUUUUGUUACAUUUAUAACAUAACCUUCUUUGGUGCAUUUCUGGCACUGAAUGGGAAAAGAGAAGCUAGCAACAGACACUGGUUGACCUGCCUGAAAGUCCCAUCUCAGAGACCUGAGGAGAAGUCUAAAGGAUACAGCUUGUGUUGUGUGGGAGGAGAUUAUGACAGAGAAACAGGUACUGAGGUAGAGUGGCCAAUAAACCACUUUUUUAAGACAUACUAUGGUCCAUUCCUAACAAAGCCAUGGACCAAAGUAUGUGUGGUUUUACUGUACGCUGGGUACUUGGCUGUAGGGAUUUAUGGAUGCUAUUACCUACAACAGGGCAUUGAGAUGAGAAAUUUAGCAGCUGAUGAUUCCUAUGUAAUAGACUAUUAUGAUGACGAGAGGAAAUAUUUCUCCAGUUAUGGUCCAAAUGUCAUGGUUAUAGUGACAGAAGAAUUUCCAUACUGGGAUAAGAACAGAAGGUCUGAAUUAGAUGUUUGCAUGGAGGGGUUAAAUAACCUUAGUUUUGUCGAUAAGGAACUUUUUACAUCUUGGCUUGACUCUUAUGUAACAUAUGCUAACACCACAACAUUCAACCUAAAUGAUGAGGCCAUAUUCAAGGCAAACUUAUCCUCCUUCUUUAAAUUCUUCCCAGAGUUCAGGCUUGAUGUCGACAUCACUGAAGGCGAGAUCCAGGCAUCUCGUUUUUUCAUCCAAACAGUAGACAUUGCGAAUGCCAGUAUGGAGAUGAAAAUGUUUAAUGAACUUAGAAACACAGCAGAAAGCUGCCAGGUUGCAAAAUUAAUGGUUUACCACCCAACCUUUAUACUCUAUGAUCAGUAUACCGUUAUUGUGAGCAGUACCAUUCAGAAUGUUGCUGUCACCACAGCUGUAAUGCUGCUGAUCUCCCUCCUGUUGAUUCCAAACCCUCUCUGCUCUCUCUGGGUGACAUUCUCAAUUGGCUCUGUUAUUGUGGGUGUCACUGGUUUCAUGUCCUUAUGGGACGUUAAGUUAGACAUUGUAUCCAUGAUUAUUCUCGUUGUGUGUAUCGGCUUUACCGUGGACUUCUCUGCCCAUAUCUCUUAUUCGUUUGUAUCAAGCAAAAAAUCAACCGCCAAUGAGAAAGCUAUUGAUGCUCUCUUUUCUUUGGGUUAUCCUAUAUUACAAGGAGCCUUGUCAACCAUAAUAGGUGUCGUGGUUUUAGCUUUCUCCAAAAACCACAUCUAUCGAACUUUCUUUAAAAUCAUGCUUUUUGUCAUGCUUUUUGGACUGAUACAUGGUAUUGUUUUUAUUCCAAUGUUUUUGACCUUUUUCUCAUUCAAGACAUCAAAAGACAAAGGGAAACCAAAUAAACAAGAGUGUAGUUCUGUCAUUGUACCCAAUGCUUUCUCCAAUGCUCUGAGUUAUGAGGAACAUAUGCAACUCCUCACCCCGCUUGCUGGGAAGCUGCUUGCUGGAGCUCUGAGUCCUGGAGCAGUGCGCACCUGGUGA